AUGCCCUCCAAAGCAUCAGGCGAAGGCCUGAAGAGGAAACGAGUCCCCGUCAAGGAAAAUUCGAAGAAGCGCGCCAAGUCCGAGUCCGAGUCGGAAACUGAUAGCAGCGGCGAUGAGAGCGACCCUCAGGCCGACAUCCUGCUGCUUGAGAAUGAGAUUCUGGAGUCCAAGAAGAACUAUAACAACAUCACAAAGCUGAUUCAGAUCGCCAAAACUUCCGACGAUGAACCCGAGUCAGCAACCCUGGCAUCCGUUGCUCUUUGCAGAGUUUUCGUGAGAUUACUUUCCGCCGGUGCUCUCCUUAAGAAGAAGGGCAUGAGUGAGAAGGAAUCGGUUGUCGCACAGUGGCUCAAGGACCGGUACUCCGAGUACAAGACGCUGCUCAUCGAACUUUUGGGCGAUGAGGACCUGGCGUCGACGGCGUUGACUUUGGCUAUGCGGUGCCUCAAGGCCGAGGCGCAGCACCUGAAUGACAGAGAGGAGUACACCUUUCCCCAAAAGUUCCUCCAAGACAUCCUCGCGGGUCUUCUGAGCUCAGACAGCGACGAUGCUCGUGUUGAGUUUGUGGAAAAGUAUUUGGGUGGAUACGACGACAUCAGAUUCUACACACUAAAAGCCAUCAAGGCCAUGGCCGACGAAGCUGGCGAUGCGUCAAAAGAGGAGCUCUUUGACGAUGCAUUUGAACUGUUGUCAAACAUUGGCGAAGUGCCAACAGAACUGGAGAACUACUACAUCGAGAAGCCCAGCAAGAAGUCACACAACCUCAACUCCCUGCACCAGCACAAGAGGCAAGGCCAGGACGCCUGGCUCGCCGUUUUGAAGCUGGCGUCGACCAGGGAACAGCGUAAGCAGGUCUUGGACGUCAUGUCCACUGAGAUUGCUCCCUGGUUCAUCAGGCCGGAAUUGCUUGCCGAUUUCCUUACAGACUCAUACGACGCCGGCGGUUCGAUCUCGCUGCUUGCUCUGUCCGGUGUGUUCUACCUCAUCAAGGAGCGCAACCUCGAUUACCCCUCCUUCUAUACGAAGCUCUACUCCCUGUUGGACCGCGACAUUCUUCACUCGAAGCACCGCUCAAGAUUCUUCCGCCUCAUGGAUACCUUCCUCGCGUCGACUCACUUGCCGGCGGUGCUGGUGGCGAGCUUUAUCAAGCGGCUGGCGCGACUCAGUCUCAACGCGCCUCCGAGCGCCAUCGUCUUUAUAGUGCCGUGGAUGUACAACAUCUUCAAGAGGCACCCGCUGUGCACCUUUAUGAUCCACAGAGAGACGAGAGACCCGGAUGUCAAGGCUCUCAUGGAGACGCAGGGUCUGGAUGACCCUUUCGUGGAGGAUGAGAUGGACCCGAUGGAGACACACGCGAUUGACAGCUGCCUGUGGGAGAUCGUACAGUUGCAGUCGCAUUACCACCCCAACGUCGCGACGAUUGCCAAGAUCAUGUCUGAGCAGUUCACAAAGCAGUCCUACAACAUUGAGGACUUCCUAGACCACUCUUACAGCAGUUUGCUCGAGGCAGAGAUGUCCAAGAUGGUCAAGAAGCCGCCCGUGAUUGAGUACCAGAUUCCCAAGAGGGUGUUCCUGCCGAACGAUCCAGAGUCUGGCGUUCAGGACAGCCUACUGACGAAGUUGUGGAGCUUUCAGUGA